AAUGAUGCAAAUUAACUAUAGAAAGCAUGUUUUACCAUCAUACAUCAUACAUGUAUCAUGAUACAACUACAGGACAGAAUAUAAACAAAAGAAAAUACUUAUACCCCUAUAAUGUAAAUGGGCGUUACGUCAAAAGUUGCGCAGACGUGGAAAUAAUUAAACAGCAGGCUGCGCGUCGGUUUGUGCGCAUGCGCGGCGCGGAAAAUUGCGCGCUUUUCACCUGACGCCACAAUGGCGGCGCGUCUCCGAGAUAUUAUAAAUAUAAGACAAUGUUAUACUGCUACAGAAAGUUGUGACAUGUAGUGCGUGCAGGAUGUUCGCUCUAUGGAUUCUGCCGCUAAUCUCCAUAGCAUCAACACUCGCGGAGACUGACACAGCUAACACCAACAUCACCACCUUGUACCCAGUGUCCAACAGAAACAUCAGCAGAAAUGACAUCCGAACAAGGUUCAAUGACCCUCAAACCAAGCCCAGUACUACAGAAACUAUUGUCAACAAAACUGAAAGUGCUAUGAACAAUGUUGAACCAAACAAGUCUGAAGUUAAGAAGAAUCUCCCCACACAGACUUGGAAGAUAGAAUCUUCUUUCGCACCAUCGAAUUUGACUGAAGUAAAUAAUAAAACUAAGGAGACCAAGCAACUGCUGAAAGACUUCAAGCCGAGCCAACAUCUCGGGAGCUUCUUUGAUGAUGAGAACGCUGAGGUUAUUCGCACACCAGCUGUAGGUCCGGUCGCCAAGAAACCUGCUAGUGGGUUCUUAAGCUCACCAAAAGAAGUAUACUACCAGCAUCCGAGCCACAACUACAUCCCGAAGGACAUCUACUACACGCACGAGGAGUUCCCCUACAAGUUCGAAGACACCAUCUACACGAAGACCAGAGAGGGAUGGCAGGACUCCCUGGACUCCAAGCCCACUGUCGAAGCCCCCGUAAAGGUCCCUGCUGGAGGACUCUACAAGUCACCAGAGGCCUUCAAGGAUAAGCCACAGAGUGCUGAAGAGUACGGCUUGGAGUAUCACGAGGAAGAGAAGGAGCAUGCUAUUAAGAAACGUGUGAACCCGUGGCAGAACCUGCUGCGGCUGGUGACAGCGUUCAUCCCGGUGGGGCUGAUCAUCUCUGCGCUCACUCCCAGCGUCAUCACCAUACAUAAUGUGGACGACAACAUUAAGCCUUCUUCCCUCCCGUAUCGUCGCUCGGACCCCGGCGUGACAAACAUGGCGCCGAUCAGCGAGCGCUGCCGGAGGAGGCUGCUCUGUGAACUACAUUCUGAGAAGAACUACGUACCACCACGAACACUGCCCCGGCGCACCAUGAAACAAUGUUACAAGAUCCAUUGCGAGGACACGGACGCUCUGUGGAAGAUGCUGCGGUGGCUGUUCACCUACAACCAGGAGCCAGGAGACCAGAGGGGACGACUUAUAACUUGAUAACAUAAUGUUUUAAACUAAAUAAACUUGUUGAUGUUUUUGUUGGCGCGUUUAUGUCUUUUGUUCUACAGAAUUGCAAAAUAUUUCAACGACUUA